AUAGAAAACACCAGGAUGAACAAGGCUAGGGUUUUUUGCAAGUGAUGGAGGACGAAGCUGAUGGGAGCUGCAGCGCAUCGAAGCUCAAAGCGCUGUUUGAGACCGAGCAGCAGAAGCUUCAGGUUGGCAAUCCAAGUUUUCAAUAUCAGCCUCCAAAGCUGCAGCCCCGUCUGUCGUUUGCACCAUCGUUUUCUAGCCAGGUCCUCUUCUCCACAGAACUUUCCAACGUUGUUUUCAUGCUUCCAUCAGUGACUGAUUGCGUCCAAAUAGGUCGUCGACAAGAAAAUGUUGGCGAUGCUACCAUUCAAAUCAUAAAAACAGAGACGCACGACCAACAGGACUCACGCAUUGUCGUAUCCAACGCUGCUAAGGUUGUCGUUGCGGAGGUGUCUUUCACGGGAAUUAUAAACAUAGUGCCCGACGCAAAUUGCCGGAUUGCCAUUGAGACCAGCCAACAUAUUGUGGAAGCGACAUUUCGCAGCACAGAUACAUGGAUGGAGUUUGCUAAGGUUUUUGUUUACGCUCGCUAUCACGUACAACACUCUGUGGCACAAGUCUUCCAGGAUGUGGUAUGUCCAAAAGACAAUUUCAGGGAGAUCGAAGAUGGCGAUGUGGUGCAAGUGCUUUGUAAAGUGUUCCUUGCAAAACCGUGGAAUGAGUGUUCCACUGGGCUAGUUUUUUAUGGAGACACUCCAGAGAAAACUAUCAAACUUGAGAUCGGUUCGAAAAACUUCACAGGACUGGAAGAUGGAAUCCGAGGAAUGCUAAAAGGAGGGAGAAGGCUUCUGAUGUUCAAGGAUCAUGACGACGAGGACUCGCUGGCGGCUUUGUACGAUAUAACGGUAGCUCGUGUCCGCAAGAGGAAAACCUUGAAGCAGCCGAGUGAAAUGGAAAGCUCGAAAGAAAUGGAAAUAAUUCCAGAACUUCCUGCCAAUGACAUACAACAGAGCUUUGGAGAUGAGGGGAGCGAAAGGAAAGUGGAAACUGUGACUGACCGUCUGGCUCGCAUGACUCGCGCUGGAGCAGCAGUAAAUCUCCAUCUUUUUUCGGCUCCAGCUCCAAAACAAGGGAACGAAACUCCGAAACUUGAUUCCGACAAGUUGGCUCCAAAUCGUACUGGGGACACUGGCGAUGAAUCACGAGUUUUUGUUCAGUCCGGUCCAAUACUGACUUGCGAGCACCUCGAGCUCUUACGGGAAAUCAAGCAUUCACAGGCAAACAUGUCCGAGUCAUUCGCGUCAUUUUCUUCGAGACUCGACCAGCUUGUAAACUCGAAAUCACGCGACUUUGAGCGGCGAGUGAUUCCGGAGACGGAGCUCGUGGACGAGGAAAGCAACUCAGAAGAAGACAAUCUGGUGGAGUCGAUUGCGAGAAUGAUCGCCGAAAACAGAGAGCUCAAAAGACGCUUGGAGUCGUCCAAAGGACCACGAAAGAUCAAACAGCCAAGUCGUGAAUCCAACGGAGACUCCAGGGACUGGAAGACCAAGUUGAGCAGAUCCUACACCGGAUUUCCCUAGACAUGGAAAUCGAAAUGACCAACAGCC